GUCGUUACAGGCGCAAUGCGGUCGUCGGGAUGUAAGGAGGAAUGGCGACGGUCGAGACGGUUUCGGAGGCCAGAGUCGAGCUGGAUUUGACCAAACAGCAGCGGAUCACAGGUUUGAAUCCCCCUCACUUCCAGCUAAACUCUCCGUUAUAGAGCCCCAGGAUGGAGACUGAGGUAACAGUGUCCUCCUCCUUGAGCGUGGUCUCAUCCUCCGCUCCGCAGACCUCGACCGCGCAGGCUAACCUGGCAGCAAAACAGCGAGACGGCAGAAAGACCACAUCCACGACUCCCGCCUUUCUCUCCAACCUGGGGAGGGCCACCCUGCGGGGCAUUCGCAAGUGUCCUCAGUGUGGCGUCUACAACGGCACCCGCGGGCUCAGCUGCAAGAACAAGGCCUGUGGGGUGUCCCUCCGGAACGCCUCAGCAGGAGGUAGAAACGGCAAGAAGUGCGCCGUGGAGGUGGUGAAGGUGAUAAUAGACAGUGAGGAGAGGGGCGGGAAAGAGCGCGAGGGAGGAGAAGUCCUGAGCGGCGGCUCGGGUGGAGGAGUCCAGGUGUUCUCAGUGUGUCACCGAGGAAGAGGAGCCACGGCUACACAGCUUGGCUUUGUCGAGCUUGUUCCCACUGACACUGCUAUAGCGACUGGCGACGGCGCCACCCUGCUCACCCGGAUCAACCUGGGCCGCUGCUUUUUGCCCUCUUGCAGACAGGGUCAAAGGUCACAUCAGGGCGAGGCAGAAUCGGCGUCGGCCGGUUCCAAACAGUCCUCCGACAGCCUCUGCAUCCACAUCAAACAAGCCAUAGAGUGUCGGAGCUGUGCAGCGCCGCUGACCUUAAAGAGCUCCGUCCUGGAGGGUUUGCAGGCCUCCAUUCAGGCCAGGGAGGAGCUGUGGCGGCUGGCCACGGAGUCCCCAGGACCCCUGGUGCAGCGCGUUUCAAAAGACACCCUGGUGGUGAAGUGCCACACGGAUUCCCAGCAUCCUCUGGGCCUGCUGCAUCUCACUGUCGGCGCGGGGGCACUGCCCGAGGUUUCAAAGAGCGAGAGAAGGGGCAGAGACAUGCAGCAGCAUAGCGUUUUUCACUGUGCCUGCGAGGUUAGCGGCAGAAGAAACAAAGCCGGUGCCGGUGGCGCAGGUGGCGCCGCCGGCAUUCAUCCUCCCCCCAGCUCGGCCGCAACACAACCCUGCCUUCACUUCUACGCCUGUGUGUGUGCCUUUGCAAGCGAUGAGAAACUGGCUUCAGAGUUUGCUGCUUUCAUCAACUACAACCCCAGCGGUGUGCAGCAAAGUGCUACCAGCAGAAUGACUGGUCCCAGUGAGAAGCCUCUGCAGCAGGUCGAGCCGGUCAACUCUCAUCAUAGAGCCAAGAAGCUUCGCCUGGAUGAAUCUCUCUCUGCCCCCUCAGUGGCCUCUGCCUCUGGGGUGGGGAAGGAGGGAGUGUCGGCCUCCGGCCUGAGGAAAGCUGGUCAGAGGAAAACCCCUGGUGCUGGUGGGCUGAAGGCUCCAGGGAGUACCCAGGCUGUGGACGAGCGUACAGUGACGUUGGGUUUCCAUCGCUGGCUGGCCAGUGUCACAGAGAGGAUCCACCAGACGAUGCACUACCAGUUUGAUGGGAAACCACAGCCUCUGGUGUACCACAUCCCCCAGGAGUUCUUCAACGCGCUGCAGCACCGCCUGUCGCUCGGGUCGAAGAAGAGGAGGCUGCCAAACUUCACCACAGCGUUUGUGAGAAACGAUGGACUCCCUCUCGGCUCCUUCUCCAAGUACACCUGGCACAUCACCAAUCUCAUGCAGGUCAAACGCAUCUUUGACACCCCAGAGCUUCCCCUGGAGCUCUCUCAGAGCUUUGUAAAAAACGUUGACGGCUCUUAUUCACGUUUUCGCUGUCCCGCCUCCCCUUCCUCUACGGAGGGUGAGCUACAGGACAGAUCAGCCAAGAGCAUGCCCAUGGAGCUCCGCACCUUCCUCAAAGUCGGAGCAGGCGCGGCAGACCAGAGGGAGGCCGGUCCGUUUGUGAUCGAGUGGAUCCCGGACGUUCUCCCUCGCUGUCAGAUGGGGGAGCUCAGGAUUAGCUUUGAAUUUGGCCACCAGCAGAGCGGUCAGCCGGACUUCUGUGAGAAAACGAGCGCAGUGGAGAAAGGGGGUCGUAACAGGUCAGACUCCACCCAAUCCAAACACACGAAGGCUGUUGAAAUCCUUCAGGUGGUUGUCUAAUGGCCCCCCCCCCCGGUCUCUUCCUUAUUAUACAGUGUUAACAUCAGCAGCAAUUGAUUUCAACUGCAACACUUUCUCAUUGAUACAGUGUGUGACUCCCCCAUAAAUCCAUGUUAUAUUAUGCAAGGCAUGGGUAAUCAAUUGCCAUGUCCUUUGUACGGUAUAAUAUUGAUCAACGCUAUUUUUAGACAGUCUCGUUUGUCGUGGAGUACUCAUAUUAAUGCCUUUUCCUUUACACUAAAUAUGCACAAAGUAAAACAACAAAAAAAGGCAGGAUAUUUUUGGAAAAGAAAUAUAUUUUUAUAGCUAAUGGAAAAAAAAUUUUUUUUUGUCCAAGACAGAUCAAACAACCACUUAAGAGCAUUUAAAAACAGUUAAGCAUGUAAACAAAUGGAAAUAUUUACUGAUUCCCAUUUCCUAACUUUUCCCAAAGGUGUGAAAGCCUGUGUGUGUGUGUGUGUGUGUGUGUGUGUGUGUGUGUGUGUGUGUG